GUCGGGCAGAACUUGUAUUCUGAGUUAGUGCCCGGCAGUUUUAUUUUAUUUUUUUUAUUUUGCUCACACAAGACACACAGAACAGUCAAGUAUUUAUCGUUUAUUUAUUAUUUCUAUAGUGGGAAAAAAACAACCUUGUGUUUAGGGUUUGCUGAAGUGAUAGGGUGGUAUGUUGUGACAUUUCGUAGGGAUUUAUUGGAUGGUUCGCCAGCAGGGAGCCUCGUCACUGCGUUCAAGAUUCAAAUAAAUCAGCUCCAGAUUUGACCAACGGACAUGGAUUCCUGCGUCAUGGACGUACCAUGAUGGACUAACACAAGUCCCGAUCUUGAAGGAGUGGAUAGCCAGUGGCUAUACAAUUACAUGAGUGGAUUAGCUGUCUAGGACUCUUUACUGUAGGAGGGUUUGACAGUACUAGAACUAUGGGAGAAUUCAACUCCAGCGGGAAUCUUGAUCGGUGGGUGUGUCCCAAUGACAGACAACUCUCACUGAGAGCCAAGUUAGGCACCGGCUGGUCUGUCCACACCAACAGGAUGGGCAACUUCAGCCGGCCUGACCACUUGAGUCUGGACGAGCAGGAACAAAUUUUGAGGGUCAUCUCCAGGGCUGAGUACCUUGAAGGUGUGGAGCAAGAGAGGAUUGGGAGGCUUGUGGACAAACUGGACAACAUGAAAAAGAACGCCAUUGGUAACGGGACCUCCCAGUGCAUCUUGUGUGGGGAUGAGUUCAAACUUCUAGGGGCCUCUCCCACCUACUGUGAUGACUGUGCUAAGGCGGUGUGUUCCAAAUGUGGUAUGGACACCACCAACAGCAACAAACAGCCGCUGUGGUUAUGUAAGCUGUGUGCCGAGACUAGGGAGGUGUGGAAGCGGUCUGGCGCCUGGUUCUUUAAAGGGAUCCCCAAGUACACUCUACCGGAGAAGAAAAACGAGACCUCCAAGUACCCGAUGCGCAUGCGGCCUUCACCCCGAGGCUCGCUGAAGGGACGUCCUGCGGGCUCCCCCUCUCCCAGGGACUCAUACACCUGGCACAAGGCCCGGGGUAGUGCCAGCACCGGGGUCUCGUCCAGCUAUGGAGAGAGCAGUGAACAAGACUCCUCUGAAAGCUCAGAAGAAGACUUCCCUAUGACAAAAGCCAAAGCCAAAAAGAGCACAGACCUGGGUAAUCCAAAAACUAUGACAAAGAGUGAUAAUGCAAGUAUAGGCAGUUCAGCUUCCAGGACAGCCUUCCACAACAACAACCACAACUACUCCAGGGCGGAGAGCAAGACAAGCAUCACCAGCGCCACCACGGCAGGGGGGCAACUCAGCGCUACAGAGAGUAGCAGGGGGGACGACUUGCACGAUGACACAGACUCUGAGAGGUCAAUAUUUAGUAGGGAGGGCUCAACAAGAUCUAAAGGCAAGGGCAGUCUUGGCCAUGAGGAAGAGGGAGACAAUAUUGAUGUGGCUGUAAAUAGAUAUGGGAAAACCUCAAAUACUGCUGAUGAGGAGCAAGUUUCCUCCCCUGAUAGUGAAGGAACAUCACUGGGUCUCCUGGAGUUCUCACUGUUGUAUGACUCGGUCAACAAUGCUUUACACUGUACCAUAGCUAGAGCCAAGGGCUUGAAAGCCAUGGACUCCAAUGGCUUGUCAGAUCCUUAUGUCAAGUUACAUCUGCUGCCUGGGGCCAGCAAGUCAACAAAGCUGAGGACAAAAACAAUCCACAAAACACUGAAUCCAGAGUGGAACGAGUCCCUGACCUACUACGGAGUCACAGAGGAGGAUAUACUAAGGAAAACUUUAAGGCUCUCAGUCCUUGAUGAAGACGCCUUUGGUUUUGACUUUAUUGGAGAAUUUCGAGUGCCUCUAAAAAGAAUCAAGCCUCACCAAACCAAGAACUUCAGUGUUUAUUUGGAGAAACAGAUGGCUAUGGAAAAAGAUGAUGAUUUGAUACAGAUCCGAGGAAAAAUUCUCUUAUCCUUGAGAUAUGCUCUGGCCAAACAGAGCUUAUAUGUCCGGAUAAUCCGCUGUGCUGAGCUUGCAGCUAUGGACACUAAUGGAUAUAGUGACCCAUAUGUUAAAGUUUACCUGAAGCCAGACAAGGACAAGAAGUCCAAAUAUAAAACCACAAUAAAGAAGAGGACACUCAACCCAGAAUACAAUGAGGAGUUCACCUAUGAGAUCCGUCAUAAUGAGCUGGCCAAGAAAACCCUGGAGAUAACUGUGUGGGAUAAAGACAUUGGAAAAACAAAUGAUUUUAUUGGUGGUGUCCAGCUUGGCAUCAACUCUAAAGGAGAGCGCCUGAAGCAUUGGUUUGACACACUGAAGAACCCAGACAGGGAGUACAGGAGGUGGCAUGUCUUGUCUGCUGAGCUCACUCCAGAGGUUCAAUUGUAGACAGCCGUGUGCUUUCUUGUGUUCUGUGGUAGAGAUACCUGAUGACUGAGCCGUAGAAAGGGAUUUUAUGUCUUGAUCUUGCAUGAAUGGUAAAGGGAGGGAACAAGGGGACCAUCUGUGAGGCUGUUGGCUGCUUACAAGUUGACCAAUGCUGAAACAAGUCACAAGCUCAAGGCUUACUAAAGGAUAGAAUGUUUUUUUCUUAUAUUAAUUAAUAAUGAUGAAACAGAAUACUAGAACUCAUUAAGUAUUAUUUUUAUUAAAUUACAAGUUCAACUAGAUUUAAGAAUAUUUUGUUUAUAAAUGGUUCAGUAUUGAAUAUGGUUUUAUUCCUAGAAAAACAAACUGAAUUUUUUUUAGGUAUUGUAACAUGAUUUUGUUAAUUGUAUUAAUUCUGUAAGUAUGUCUUUGCCUACUUAAAAUCCUAAUGUGUAUGUUUCAACAUUUUAGCAACAUUUUUACAGAAAUAAAUGUAUUGCAAUUUAAAUAGGAUCUUCACCUACUUACACUGAAAAUAAAACAUUAUUCGUUAAAUCAAAAAAUUAUUUUGGAGCAAGCCUCAUUGAAGAUGGUUCUUGAUUAAUAGAUACUGAUAAACAUUUAAAACAUUUAAUCAUAUUAUCAAAAUAUGAUGGACCAUCAAAAAUAAUGAAAUAAGUUCUACUUAGCCUUCUACUUUAAAAAACAAUCAAAGUAACUUUUGGUGUAUGGUUUAUUUAAAACCUAUUUUUGUAAACCAAAUUUUACAUCUUCUAUUUAAAUUCUUAAAUGAAUUAUACCUAAGCUUGCCAAAAAUUGUAUUUAUAACUAAAGACUACUUAUAAUAGAAGAUAAGGAAUCUGCUUCUAGUAAACUUGAAAACAUUUUAUAUAGCAAAUCCUUCACAUGAGCAUGUUGAAGAAUCAAUAUAACCUACUUAAAUCAUGUUUAAAAAAAAACGGUUUUAUUUGCUGGUUUAAGGACCUUAAUUAAGCUGCUUUUAUUCUUGAAUAAAAUUAAUCCUGCUAUAUUUUAAUGUUAUUUAACUAGUAAGUUUAAACUCAAACUUGAUGUUUCAAGAGCCUCACUAUGGCUUAAUUUACCUUUUGUCAUUUUUUUUUUUCAAGUUGCAUUUCUAGAUAUUCAAAUAUUUAUAAGAAGAAAACUUGCAGGCAGAGUGAGAGCCCAAGGAUUUAAGAGACACUCGCAAAACAUGCUCUAGCGUAGAUUACCAUACUUUAAUGUUAUUUCCAUGGAGUGAAAAGUAAAAAAAAAAAGUAAAAGUUCCCUUUUCAAAUCUGACAGUUCAUGGGGCAAGUAAAGUAGAUUUCACUUGUUUCUGUAACCUCUGUAUAUGAAGGAAUAGUAUGGUCAGCGCUAAGCCUAGCCCAGGAGUAAAAAGUUUGUAAAUGAUAACUUCCCUUUCUGAAUGUAGACUUGGAUGUUUAUGGUGUACAUAUAUGAAACUUUUAAUCGGUCUCCUGUUUCUUUAAAUGUAAAAAAAAACAUAAAUCUUCUUACACAGUUGUUUUCUUUCUACUGUACUGUUGUAAAGCAUAAUAAUCUGUUACCGCACCUCUUUACUCUACUUAAGUGCCACUUAGAUUUCUAGACUCAUUCUUAGCUAGCACUCGGGAAGUGUUCUGAAUUCUUAUUAUAACAUUAUCUUACUAGUUAUGCCUACAAUUGUUAAAAUGAAAUAUACUUUUUUUGUGGUCUAAUUGUCAUAUUGAUCAUUUUUUUUAUUUGAAGUUUAUUGCUUUAAAGCUAAACAGGACUUUACAUUUUUUGAGUGUGAUAUACUAAACUCUGCAGCAGUGAUUAGCUAAGCCAGAACAGAACCUCAGAGUUACUGUUACUUUAAAGGGAAAUAAUCUAUUCUGGAAAGAAUUUCUUUUUGUAGAGGUUGCUAGGCAAAGUGUGGAACAAGUUAAUUUCCCUUUAUAUUAAUGAGGCCUUUAGUGUUAUUUCAACACUUAAAAGAAAAGAAGGACUAAAAAUACAGAGUUUCUCAUAGCUAUUUGUUAGCACACAGGAAUACUAACAAUAAAAACCAUUGGAAAAUAAAGGCAACUGUAAGUGAAGUGGUGGGAAAAAAAUUAAUGCCUUACUUGACCCAUGAAGACAUUUUGAUAGAAUAUUUGCUUAGCAUCAUGUAUUUCUUUGUUCACUAUUACACAUUUGGUAAUUUGACUUCCAAUAUUAACCUUCCACUCUUUGCCAAGAAUGUUUGUCAUUCUUUAAAAGCCUAGACAGAUACAAAGGAUUAUUCAAGAAAUAGUUCUUGGCCUGAAAACAGCAUGCUUUCAAUACAACGGCUGCAUUUCUCAAUUUUCCUGGAAUACUGACAUAAAAAAUAUAGGAACUCGUUUAUAACCAAAUGUUGAUAUAAACUUCAGAACAUUUCCAGAAUGUUGUGGUAAAUGUAGAACAGUUAUGUACACUCUAAUGUAAAUAGAUCUUUGGAAAAUGUAUAUUUAAAAUACAUUUGCAUUUAUGUUUGUAUUACAUUAGUAGAGCAUUAUUGGUGUUUGGGUUUCUUUAAUUAAUAUUUGCUAGGGGUCAUCCAUAUAUGGGGUCACACUAUCGUUGCUGAUUUAACCCCUUCCCUACCAUCCCUGGCCUCAUCACAUGUAAUCACAAACAGUAGUCCCCUCUGUCAAUGACAACAUUAUAUAACCUAUUUAAUCACCCUAAAAUAAUCAUUUUUAUGUUUUCAAAACUUAGGUUCCUAAAAAAAAAAUUCUGUCCAAAAUAAAACUCUGUCAAGCUAAUUAAAACAAAUGUCCUACCUUUCUCCCCUGCCUCUUCUCCGAGUUGUGUGAUGUCAUGUAUAGAUAACCCCUUUCACCUUAUUUUAAAAAAUAUUUAUCUUCAUUUGUUAUUAUUUCAUUAUUAAACAAAGCUACAAGGACAAGUCCUGAGUUAUGUACUUGACCAAGUUUCUUGUAGGCCCACUUCACUGUGAUACAUACACCAUAAGUUGUAUUCAUUUGUUCAUUUACUCUCUGCCUCUAUUAAACAAAGGAAUUCAAAUAGAUAAUUUGCGAUGAUAAAAAGUUGAGCAAAGAUCCAGUGUAUGCUAUAAAUGUUCCCUUAACUAAUCCUUUAUAAGACAGGCCACUAUAUAUAUAUAUAUAUAUAUAUAUAUAUAUAUAUAUAUAUAUAUAUAUAUAUAUAUAUAUAUAUAUAUAUAUAUUGGGGCUUAGCAAGGAU